AUGAAAUACAUGGUUAUCGAACACUUCCGCGACAACGACGCACGACCCGUAUACGCACGGUUCCGUUUACAGGGCCGGCUCGCCCCCACAGGGCUGAAGUACGUCGCGAGCUGGGUGACGUUGGACCUCACGACGUGUUACCAGGUGAUGGAGGGCGAACGGGUGGACUUGGAUGUGUGGAUGCGGAACUGGGACGACCUGGUCGAGUUUGAGGUCGUCGAGGUCAUGGAAAGUCAGAAAGCGAGCGAGGCUGUUAGUAACGGGUAG